AUGGCACAGCAUACAAAGUAUGAGCAAACAGGUGGAUCCGACGAUGUUAAUAUGAAAUCCAAAUUCAAUGACAUGGAGUCCAUAAGGCCCCUCAAACGGCCAAAGAAGCAGUCAUACUUUUUCAAGCCAGUCAACAAACUAACAACAGAACCUGAUAAUCACGCCCAAAUGAUUAAAACCAUAGAUACAAACACACUACAUUCCCAUAUACAACCUGUUCAAGAAGCCGGUAAUCAUGUACACAUGCCUAAAUAUAGCCCCAAGCGAAAAUCAAAGAAACACAUGGAAGUGCAAAUUGCCACUGACAAUUCCGAUGAUAGCUUCGAUGGAGUGCGUUGGAAGGACAGCCCUGAUUCAAAAUUGAACGGCGAGGAGAGCAAAGCAAACGCAUUAAAGCAAGGGGCGCAGUAUUCUUCCUCCCCCUUGAAAAGCAUUAAGCAUGUAAAGUCAGAAGAAGGAGGUGGAACCGAUGAAGUCCUAUCCAAGUAUGGAGCAAACUUCUAUAAUGUCUCGUCAAUUUCUCCCACAUUAUCAAAGACGCGUUCAGACUUAAGCAACAAGAAUAGCAAGUUCAAAACCGAGUCCAAUAACCCUUCGACAUUGCAAAGAACCAAAUCAACUGGUGUUGAGGGUAUACAAAGGAGUCUGUAUUCCGGAUUAGCACAAGGAACUUUGAGUAGCUGGAUCAGUAAACUAAAUAGUGAUGACACCAAGGAUGAAAGGCCAAAUGCAAUCACCAUUAAGCUGUCACCAACAGGAAAGAUUUAUGAUGAAUCGCUACAAUCGAACGAUCCCUUUUCCGAAGAUGAAGAAAUCAUGGAGAUGUUGUCGCAAAAGAAGGCUCCUGUAACGGAUAAACGUUCAAAUGUUGAAAUAUCGCCUACAAAGAGCCAAAUAUGCAGCAAUGAUGAGAAUUUGUCAUCUUCUCCAAAGGCAGAUAUAUCAGAAGACCCUUUUUCUGAUGAAACUGACACAGAGCUAAUCAAUAUUUUGAAUGGUGGUGAUGUGAAGACCUCUUCUUUCACUAAAUCAUUUAAAGAAGGUAUGGAGAAAUUUGAAAAGCUUUGGAUAAAGAAAGGCGAAUGCAUUGAAAAAGAAGAGGAAUUUACCGAUAUCGUUUAUGGAAGAUCAAUGUUGCGAAGACUCAAAAUAGUCAAUUUCACAGAACAAGCGUAUGGAGUCCAAGCUAAAAAGCAAAUCAUUCUUGAAACAAUCGAUUCAGACAAGCACAAUUGUAAGUUAAUUUUAAGAGGGGAAUAUUGUGAGCUUAAUUUUCUGCUUAACGAUAUAAUCCAUGUUAUAAACACCGACGAGGGAAAUCCAAACUUGAUCGAUGAUACGCACAAUUUGCUUGUGCUAAAUCCCGAUGUUUUGAUUCCAGCUACAAAAAUUGCUCAGCAAGUGAACUGCCCGCGGAAAACGGUUUUGGUGUCACGAUAUAAGUUUCCCGGAACCACAUCUGUUCCCAUAAUUGUUGGUGAAAUAGUGCAUUUUAUUUUCCAAGAGUGUAUGGUGACUGAAACAUGGACUCUUAAUUUCAUGCGAGAGGUGUUCGAUAAUUUGAAGGACCAAUACUUGUUGGGUUUAUACAGUAUUGGCAAGGACGUGGAGGAUGUUGACCAAGAGGUUGAAAAACAUCUACCUUAUUUGCAACAGUGGUUUGAGAGUUAUUAUAGGAAGACGCCAACCUCUAGAUCAAAGAUUGAUGAUUGUCUGGAGCGAGAUCAAAUUUCAUUUGCUGUUGAUGAUAUACUAGACAUUGAAGAAGAGAUAAGGUCGCCAGUUUUUGGAUUAAAAGGUAUGAUAGAUGCGACAAUAAUAGCCAACUUGCUGAACAGGACCGUCAAUGGAAAAUUCUUAUUGCCCAUGGAGAUCAAAACGGGUCGAGAACACGUUAGUCAUAGCGCGCAAGCGUCUUUAUAUGCCCUACUUUUCAAAGACCGUUAUGACAUGGAUAUUGACUCCUUUAUUCUUGUGUAUACAAAAGAAGGGGUCACUAAAAGGUGCAAGAUACGAGUCUCUGACUUGCGGUCCUUGAUUAAUUUGAGAAAUCGCGUCUCCCAACACAUCAGGUCUGGCCGCACCUUACCUGAUCUCUUGAGACGUUCAAGCUGUGAGAGAUGUGAAAUUGUUUCCGGUUGCAUGACUAUUAAUUACUUGGCAGAGGAAGGUACCCAGGAAGGCUCUGGUAUUGAGGAGGAGGAUUAUGAGUUGAUCACGUAUCACCUAGCGAAUCCAAAAUACAAAGAAUACUUUAAUUAUUGGGAUACGCUAAUAUCGCGAGAGGAGGAACUCAUGAGUAAGUCUGUCAAGCAUUUGUGGACUCUACCCAACUCCUUACGUGAAGAGCAGGGUACCAGUUUGAACAAUUUGAAGAUUAUUGAAUCAAAUGACGGCGAGAGUCUGAUAUUCUACAUUGCGAGUGCCCAUGGUGACAAGUCGCAAGCAAGACAAUUUUUGUAUACAUUUUCGAAAGGUGAAGCUGAUUCAACCUUCAACAUGUUGUCUUCCAAACUCACGGUUAGCGAUAGAGUCUUGAUUAGCGAUGAGGAUGGGCAUUUUGCCAUUGCUACUGGUGUGGUCAAGUCAGUCUCGUCUUCAAAAAUUACCAUCAGCACGAGACGAAGAAUAGUCACGUACGAUAUGAAAGUAAAAAACUUCAAUCAAAAGAAUAACCAGGUCAUGGAGAGUUUAAUCCAUGGUCACGAUAAAAAUCGAGCAUCAGGAAACAAAAGAUUUAUUAUCGACAAGGACGAAAUGUUCUAUGGUAUGGCUUUGGCGCGAUACAACGUCUUGCGUCUAUUCUUGCCUGAUUCAUUAACAGGUCUUCGUGAUCUAAUUGUUGAUCUAAAAGCUCCAAAGUUUUCCAGUGAUAAUGAAAAGUACACGUUCGAAUCUGAGUUUAAUAGCUGUCAAACGGCGGCGCUAAACAAGGCCUUUUCUGCCGAUAACUAUGCACUUAUUCUUGGUAUGCCUGGAACAGGCAAAAGUUCAAUCAUUGUCGAAAUGGUUCGAAGGAUUGUUGAAGAAGGGAAAACUGUAUUGCUCACGUCCUAUACAAACUCCGCCGUGGAUAACAUUCUUUUGAAAAUCGUGAACAAGAUGGGCGAUAAUGAAGAUUUUAAGUUUUUAAGAAUAGGACACCCAUUACGAGUUCACAGGUCACUUCAUAAGCAUAUCCCUGACUACGAGGUGCCAAUCAAGUCACGCUCGCAAUACAGAGAUACAUAUGAGAUACCAAAUAUCGUGGCGACCACCUGUUUGGGAAUCACCGAUUCUUGUUUUAAUUUGAGAAAUGAGUUUGAUUAUUGCAUUGUAGAUGAGGCCUCACAAAUAACGGUACCGAUCAAUUUAGGCCCAAUCAGCCUUGCUAAAAAGUUUAUCUUGGUCGGUGACCACUAUCAAUUGCCUCCUUUGGUCCUACAUCAAAAUCCGGAGGUUAGACAUGGACUUUCACAGUCCUUGUUUAAGAUUCUAGCCGAGGCUCACCCGCUGGCAGUGAGUGAAUUGACAGAGCAAUACAGAAUGUGUGAGGACAUAAUGCAAGUCUCCAACAUUUUGGUUUAUGAAAAUAAAUUAAAGUGUGGCUCACCAGCGGUUGCCAAUCAAUGCAUGGAGAUCCCGUUUCCGGAAGCAGCGUCUAGCUUUAUCGCCCUGCCAGACACUCCAAAGGAACACCAGUGGUUGGACCUUGUUUUUGACAAGAACCGAAAAGUAUUGUUUCUCGAUCAUGACACGCUACCUGCAAAUGAAACUGUUUUUGGAGAAGCCAUUCGGAAUUCGAGAGAAGCGGCUUUAAUACAACAAGUUGUCAAGGCUUUUGUUACUGCUGGUGUGGAUGAGGCUCAAAUCGGGGUUAUGUCCUUCUACCGCUCCCAGCUUGAUCUAUUGAAGAGAAACUUGUCGUCAAGAACAGAGUUGGAAAUUCUAACGGCGGACCAAUAUCAAGGCAGGGACAAGCAAUGCAUCAUCAUAUCCCUUGUUCGUUCCAAUAAGGAAAAGAAUGCGGGUGAUCUAUUGAAAGAAUGGCGGCGCUUAAACGUGGCGGUGACGAGAGCAAAAUCCAAGUUAAUAAUUCUUGGAUCACGUUCCACGCUAUCAACAAACGACACUACAAAAACCUUUAUCGACUUUUUAGAGCUGAAAGGUUGGUACUAUUCACUUCCCGCGGAUGCUGAUAUCAUUUACAACCUACCACAAUCGGCAAAAAACUCCCCGGUUAAGAAAACCACACAAACGACUCGCAUUGGUAAGAAAAAUGCUGUUCUUAAGAAUAUUAUUGAUGGUAUAACUAAAUAG